AUGGAUUUCGUCGAACGGUCGCCAAGGAAAACUCCAUCCGAUCGCAGCAUGGACGCUCGACCCGAACCCGCGGGCGCCAGCUCCGACAUCUUCGACUCGUCCCUCAACCUCGAGGACGCCCACUUCGAGGAAGGCUACGCCGACGGCCGCACCGCCGGCGUCGCCGCCGGCGAGGAGGAGGGCCGCCAGGUGGGCCUCAAGACGGGCUUCGAGACCGGCGAGGAGCUCGGGUUCUACCGGGGCUGCGCCGGGGUCUGGGGCUCGGCCAUCCGGGUCGACCCAGCCCGGUUCUCGGCCCGGGUCCAGAAGAGCGUGAGGGCGAUGGAGGCGCUGCUGGGCGGGUACCCGAUGGCGGAGCCGGAGGACGAGCGCGUCCAAGAGAUGAUGGGCGACCUGAGGUUGAAGUUUAGGGCGAUCUGCGCGAGCCUGGGGGUAAAAUUGGAAUACAGGGGGUAUUUAAAGGGUGUGGAUAACAAGGAUGUGGAGUUUUGACAGCAUUGGUCGGCUGUGUGUUUGGUCUCUCGGCUCUCAAAGGUUGAUGCUUUAUGGGUAAUUCGGAGUAUCCCAAGACUUGUCUUCGUUGAAGAUGUCAGGGAAUUUGUGUACUGGAUGAGUUAUUUCUUGAUAUAUUAUGGUUAGGUGGGUCAGCUUCUUCUUGUGGCAUGAGAAUGAAUGUGCUUUUUCUUAUGAAUUAUAGAAGAUGAUCAUUCUGCGCGGAAAUCAAUGAAAGAUUCUGAAUUCCCGG